AUGGGGAAGUUUACGAUUCCUGAAAAGGUCAUCCUACUAGAUUCUGAUUCUGAGGGCCAAGAUGAUAUCCCAACAAGUGCGUUGCCAACGGUAUUAGCAGCAGGCAAUGACAACGACGACGACGACAUUCAAGAGAUCAAAGACUUUCAUAUACCUAAAAGACGUGAUUGGCAUCAGGAUGAAACGCCAUUUCAUGAUGCCAGAGAUGAUAACAUAGUGCUAUCAGACAGCGAUGAUGAUGGCCAUACACAAAACAAGCCAAGUGAAGCUCCCAGUGCGUCAAGUAAUGAAACAGAGACACCAUUCACUCACUUUCUUAGCGAGGAGGAAACGUAUGAUCUCGAUGACAAUGAGGAUGAAGUCCAGAAUACAGUCAAGAUCAAGAGAAAGGUCAUCAAAGAAGACCAGAGCGAAGAGGAAAAAUAUGAUGAAAUGGAUGAGGAUUUAGAGAAAGAGGAAGAAGAAGAGGGAUCCGAGUACGCACGAGUAUCAUAUCACAAACGCAACACACAACCCCACCGCAGAGAUAGCCCUGGAGACGAUUCUAAUUCUAAUGGAGAAGAUGGGGAUGAAGAUGAUACCAAAUCAACGGAUGAUGAAGCAGAAAUGCCUAUGACUACUUUCAAUAAAGACAAUUCAAAGAAGGAGGACAAGGUGAACGACGAGCCAUUCAAGUCACCAAACAAUAUUUCACAAUUUGAAGAGAAAGAUAAUAGGAGUAGAUUCAUGAAAUUAACAAAACUGUGCCAGAAAGCUUUACGAGAAAACAAAGAAGCUACGCUUGCUUCAAGAAAACAGAAUCCAGCCGCUGAUUCUUUGGACAGUAACAAGAAAAAUGAUGAUCAGCCUUCACCACCCACAUCGAAAACUGUCAAUACGUUGCUAGAAAAGAAAAAGAUUCUGAUCAACACCAAAUCUGUGGCUACAGAGGAACAGCAACAAAGCAUAGAUAAACCAGUUGAAAAUGAAGAUCUUUUGGAGACUAUCACAGAAAUCGUACAAGAAACAAUGCAAGUAACAGUAGAGCAAAUUCGAGUGCCUGAAUCAGAGGAACAAGGAUUUCAGGAUACACAAACGAGCGACACAUCCCAGGAACAACAACAGCCACAGGAAGAAGAGGAGGGCGAGGACGUUGCCAUGGAAACCGUGAAUCAAGAGACAGAGCGCACAGAGGCUCCAUCUCAACAACAAAGUGCCUUGGAAUCAUAUGUGGAUUCAGCGGUCAAGGAACGUAUCGAAGAGCUCAAGAGACAGCAAGCAGAAGACCAAAAAACAACAGAAAAUGUAGUCAUGGAUGAUGCAUUGCAUGAAGUUACUACACUUGUCAACUCGUUAAAAGAAACAUCGGAAGAUGCAAAAGAAACAGUGAAUGAAGCACAACCCAUGGACGAAGACGAAAAGCCCGAAGAAAUACCCAUCUCUAAAGCAGUAGUACGCAAUGACCCUUAUUCAGGCUAUUUAGCGCCUAAUGGAAGGAAAACCAAGCGACAAAAGACCAAAAAACAGAGAAUCAUGGAUCCAUCCACUGUAUACAACAAUGUCAUUGUGUCCUAUAGUCAAGAGACGAUGCCCAAAGACAUGCAAAAAUACUACUUUCAACGGUAUGCUUACUUUUCUAAAUUUGACCAAGGCAUUUUGAUGGAUAAAGAGGGCUGGUUUUCUGUUACACCCGAGAAGAUCGCACGUCAUAUUGCCCUGAGAUGUCAAUCUGAUAUCAUCAUUGAUGCAUUCUGUGGUUGCGGUGGAAAUUCAAUUCAGUUUGCGCUUACCUGCGAGAGAGUCAUUGCGAUUGAUCUUGAUCCUGUCAAGCUACACUGUGCUCGCGAAAAUGCCAAGAUCUAUGGUGUCGCCGACAGAAUCGAGUUCAUCUUGGGCGAUUUCUUUGAUCUUGCACCUCAUCUCAAGGCCGAUUGCGUAUUUCUAUCGCCUCCUUGGGGUGGACCCGCUUACAUGGCAGAAGAUGUGUAUGACCUGAAAUCAAUGAUACCCGGUGAUGGAAUGAAUAUUCACAAGAUUGCUUCCAGCAUCACUCCCAAUGUUGCCUUCUUUGUGCCUAGAAACACCGACCCACAACAAUUAGCACAAUUGGCUGGACCUGGCAACACAUGUGAGAUUGAGCAAAACUCGUUGAACGGUAAAAUCAAGGCCCUCACAGCGUACUAUGGGGAGCUGAUAGAUUAUGAUCAAUUGGAAAAAAUUGAGGCUGAUAUUGCUGAAGAAGAAUUGAUCGCCAAGAUAGCCAAAUAUUAA